AUGAGUCGCCUGAAACAGGAAUAUGAUGAUCUGGAAGAAAUUGGACGUGGUGGUUUUGGUGUUGUUUAUCGUGCCCGGUGUAUAGCCGUGGGAAAACCAUGGAGCGGCACAAAUGUUGCGAUCAAAAAAAUUGACAUCACUCGAGCGCCAAUCCAUCGCGUUGAGCUUGAAUUAGAAGCACUUUCAAGGCUUAUUCAUGAGAAUAUUGUCAAAUUUUACGAUCAGUUCCAAGAAAAUGGAGCCCAGUACAUCAUCAUGGAAUACUGUAAACAUCGCUCACUUCGAGAAUACGUCAAGAAAAAUGGCAAAUUAUCAGAUUUUUCAGCAGCAUAUAUAUUGCGACAACUUGUAAGUGCAGUGAAAUAUAUCCAUGAAAAUAACAUGAUCCAUCGAGAUCUGUCGGCUGGAAAUAUACUUAUCUCUUCAAUAAGAGAGGAUAAAUUCUUUGUGAAACUUGCCGAUUUUGGCCUGGCAACAGUUUUUCGGAAAGGCGAUAUUGCACGAACAAUGCUUGGCACGCCUGGAUAUAUUGCACCACAAGUUUAUGAUCGAAAAUACAAUCAGAAAGCCGAUGUUUUUGCUCUCGGUGGAAUACUGUAUCUGAUGUUAGCUGGUAAAGAUCCACCUCGAGAUCACGAUGUGAAUCCAUUCAUGGCGCCGAUUUCGCUCGAAGGCGCCGUUCUCAUCCAGAGCAUGAUGGAUCCCAAUCAGGAAAGACGCCUUGCUUUAGCAGAUAUAACGAUGAGCGAUUUUAUGAGGAAAGUUGAUGGACUCAGCCUGCCAAUAAGCCGUUCCCGAGAAUCGUCCAAGGAAAAGCCAGGGUAUCGAGAACUGCACAUUCGGCAUCGUUCACCGCCACUGCGUGUUCGUGCACAAUCAGUGCAGGCAACAACGAGUGGAUACAGAAGAACCACAAAAGAUUCGGCAUUUGAAAGUGGCGACAGUGCUCAUGCUUACCGCCGUGGGCCAUCGUUGGAUCGCUAUCACAAUGGAUUUGCUGGUUCAACGGACUGUCGACACAGCAAUUAUGUUGAGAAUAGAACCGGAAUCAGGCAAAUUCAUUGA